AUGGCCUUCUACGACGUGGCCAUCAUCGGCGGAGGACCGGCGGGCCUCACAGCAGCAGCCACGCUGGCCCGCCAACUACACACGGCCGUCGUCUUCGACUCCAAGAAGUACCGCAACGCCAUCUCCAAAGAAAUGCACAUGAUCCCCAGCCUCGAGGGCAAAGACCCAGCCGAGUUCCGGCGCGAGGCGCGGGAGGGCAUCACAUCGAAAUACUCGACCAUCGAGUUCCAGGACGUGGGCGUAAGCAAGGUCCAAAAGAAGAGCGACGCGCACUUCGUCACGACAGACACGACCGGCAAGACGUGGAAGUCGCGCAAGCUGCUCCUGGCGAUCGGGUCGGUGGACGUCUUCCCGCGCAUCGAGGGCUUCGACGGGCUCUGGGGCACGCGCAUCUUCCACUGCCUGUUCUGCAAGGGCUACGAGGACUCGGGCGCGGCGUCGGCGGGCGUGCUGGCCGCGGCGCCCGUGGCGCUGCCCGCGGACAUGAUGGUCAUGAUCGCGGUGCACGCGGCGGCGAACGCGGCGCAGCUGGCGCGGCGCGUGACGCUGUACGCCCACGGGGACAAGGCGCUGGCGGCCGGGCUGAAGGCGGCCGCCAAGAAGCAGGCGGAGUGGACGGUGGAGCCGCGGCGCAUCAGGCGCCUCGCGGCGGCGGCGGAGGGCGACGCGGUGACGGUGGAGUUUGAGGACGGGACCGCCAGCAGGACGGAAAAGUUCCUGGUCAACCAGCCGCUGACUGUGCCGGGCGGCCCCUUUGUGGGCCAGCUCGGGCUGGCGACGAGCCCGCUGGGCGACAUCCAGGCCGAGCCACCGUUUCACCAGACGAGUGUGCGUGGAGUGUUUGCGGCUGGAGACUGCAUGACACCGAACAAGGUGGUGCCGACCGCCAUUGCCAGCGGCAGCAAUGCGGCGGUUGGGGCUUCUACGCAACUACAGUCCGAGAAGUACGGGUUCAAGUCUGUGGUUUAA